AUGACCUCAAGGACGGCUGUUGAGACUUAUUUCAGAAAUAUCAGGUUUCUUCGUAAAACUGUUAUUGUGAAAGAAAAUGAUAUUAAUUCUGCAUUUGGAGCUUUAAACAGAAUUCUUCGAAAUGAUCGCGUCUUAAAUACGAUAAAGGCACAAGAAUAUUACGAAAAACCUACUAGAAUGCGGCGCCGUGUUAUGUAUGAACGUUGCAAACGAAUCUACGAUAAUGAAAUGUCUCGCAAAAUCAAUUUUGUGAUGAGGACUGAUCGUCCAGACCCUUGGAUUCGAUAA